AUGAUUCCCCAACGCCGCUUUUCUACCCUUACACAGCUGCAAGAGUAUCAGCGACAUCGCUGCCGCUACCACAGCUCACCUGUGGAUCCAUCUUCAUCCUCGCUAUUCAGUGACCACACAUGCGACAAGGAAUCCUUCCCUCGAAAAACAACUACCAUCCUCGAAGUCCAUUCAGACGAGGUGUGGAACGUGGCCUGGAGUCACGAUGGUACUCGUCUUGCAAGCGCAAGUAAAGACAAGGCUGCAAUGAUUUGGCACAUUGGGCUCGAGGCAGGACCAUCAUCUUGUGAUCGUAUAGCAGAAUUCAUCUUGCGCGAUCACCCAUAUCCUGUUAGUUGUUUAGCUUGGUCGCUAGACGACUCUAUCUUAUCUACGUCUAUGGACCACCUCAUUUUGCUAUGGAACACAAAGACUGGAACUCUGAUGAAGACACUCGAGAACCAUGCUGAGACAGUGUCUACCUUGGUAUGGCUACCCGACGGCUCAGGGCUUAUGUCAGGUAGCCUUGAUCGCAAGAUUAUAUCAUGGAACAUGGAGGGCGAACUACAGGAAUCAUGGAAUGAUAUAGCCAUACGUGUCACUGACGCUGCGGUGACUCCUGACAUGAGACGCCUGGUCGCUGUUGGGAUGGGAUACAGCCCUCCCCCGGCGUUGGCUCGUGCCAACGUCCGAGACGCAUUGCCAUUCAAUGGCAACGGUAAUGCAGUGGUGCCGCGUUCACCAGAGAAUCGAAUGAUCAUUUACGAUCUCAAGACGGGACAGGUUGAGCUAUCUGUUCACAUGGAGGGUGAACUUACUAGCGUGAAGAUUUCCGAGGAUUCUCGGUAUGCAUUAAUCAAUCACACCCCAGAUGAAAUCCACCUGUGGGACUUGGAAGAGUUCAGGCUUGCACGCAAGUUCACUGGGCAACGACAGGGUCACCAUGUCAUCCGCAGUUGCUUUGGUGGUAUCGAUGACAACUUCGUCGUUAGUGGGAGUGAAGAUCGCAAUGUCUAUGUUUGGCAUCGCAACACAGGUACACUUCUAGAGGUACUGGAAGGUCACGGUUUUGGAAGCGUGAAUUCUGUAGCCUGGAACCCACACAAUAAGCGCAUGUUUGCGUCGUGUUCGGAUGAUAACACGAUACGUGUGUGGGAGGCACCUGUUUCCGCGGGUGGACUGCUUGGAGUUCGGCAUCUCUGUGUCCGAGCCAGAGAUGACUGGAAAGAGAAAGGGCAAAGUAAAGUAACCUUGGAUCUAUGA